AUGUUAGCCGGUGCUUUCGCAGGUAUCGCGGAACACUCGGUCAUGUACCCAGUUGACUUGCUCAAGACUCGCAUGCAAAUCCUGACCCCUACGCCCGGCGGGUUAUAUACCGGAUUGACCAACGCGUUCUCCACAAUCUAUCGGGUUGAGGGCUGGCGGACGUUAUGGAAGGGAGUUUCGAGUGUGAUUGUUGGCGCGGGUCCGGCACACGCGGUUUACUUUGGCACAUAUGAGAUCGUGAAGGAAAUGGCUGGUGGCAAUGUCGACGCGGGGCAUCACCCCUUGGCUGCUGCUAUGAGUGGAGCGUCCGCUACUAUUGCCAGCGAUGCGUUGAUGAACCCAUUCGAUGUCAUGAAACAACGCAUGCAGGUUCACGGCUCGGUUCAUAAAAGUCUGGCAGAAUGCGCUAAGACCCUCUACCGUACUGAAGGUCUCCAGGCCUUUUACGUCUCCUACCCUACUACCCUUUGCAUGACCGUGCCCUUCACGGCCACCCAGUUCGUUGCCUACGAGUCGAUCUCGAAGGUCAUGAACCCGAAGAAUGAAUACGAUCCCUUCACCCACUGCAUUGCAGGUGGUCUGGCCGGUGCCUUUGCAGCCGGUAUUACCACUCCUCUGGAUGUCGUGAAGACGCUUCUUCAGACCCGUGGUCUUGCUGAGAGCGAAGAGGUACGAUCCGCCAAGGGUCUUUUCAAUGCCGCUGCCAUCAUCAAGCGCAGAUUUGGCUGGUCUGGCUUCCUGCGUGGCAUGCGUCCACGCAUUAUCUCCACCAUGCCGAGCACCGCCAUUUGCUGGACCUCUUAUGAGAUGGCAAAGGCAUACUUCAAGAAGCACCUCGACUAA